AAAUGAAUUUUUAAAAUGCAGAAUCUUUUAAAAACUGUCCCGCAAUGUCUUAUUAGACACAUCUCAACUGUAGAUCGUGAGAAGGCCUGUCAACUUCUCUCAAAGUUGACCGAAAAUGCAAAUGAGCUAAUGCUCAAGUCCUUGACUAAAAGUCCGGAAUACACAAUCAAGUUGAACUCACGGGACUUUGUAACUGAAACGGACAAGGCUGUGGAACGGCUGCUUGUUAAUGGCAUUAGAAAACAAUUUCCAGAUCAUAUAAUUAUUGCGGAGGAGGGCACCGAAGGUGUGUCUAAAAGCAAGGAGAUUACCGCUGCACCCACCUGGAUAAUAGAUCCCAUAGAUGGCACUAUGAAUUUUGUUCAUGGUUUUCCCCAUUUCUGUACUUCGAUUGCAUUAUAUGUAGAGAAGAAGGCAGAACUCGCCUGGAUCAGUAAUCCUAUGCUCAGACACAACUAUGUAGCCCAAAGGGGCAAAGGGGUUUACUUCAAUGGUCAACCGAGGCGAGUGAGUAAUCAGCGGGAUCUGAGGCAGUCGCUCAUCUAUCUGGAAUGGUCACUGCGUCGUCGGCAGAAAGACAACGUGAAUGUGUCUAUGGAAAAUAAAAUCAAAUUGCUGCCCUUAGUUCAUGGUAUUCGCUCCCUUGGCUCGGCGGCUCUUAAUCUGGCCCAUGUGGCCAUUGGAGCUUGUGAUGCCUAUGUUCAGUUUGGGCCACAAGUUUGGGAUUGGGCAGCAGGUGUCUUGAUGGUCCAGGAGGCAGGAGGUGUCGUUAUCGAUCCCUGCGGCGGAGAGUUUGAUAUUCAAUCGCAACGUUUACUGGCAGCAUCAACACCCGAAUUGGCCGAGCAAUUUUUACCCAUAUUGAUUCAAAUGUUUCCUGGAGACACAAAGUCAACAAAGCCGGCUAAAAGUUGACAUUUUAAAGCAAGCUUUGUUACAUCGUUUACGUAUUUCUAUUGAUUAAAUAUUUAUAAAUUUUCAAGUAUUAAAUACACAACAAAUUAAUGCA